AUGCACUUGAAGCGGGGAUUUGCUGCUGCUGCUGCUGCUGUUGCUGGUGGUGCUGCCUCUGAUGAUGACAGUUACUCUUCUGAGUGUAGUAACGGUUCCUUGAUGGACUACUCCACCAUUUAUAAAGAUGUACAAGUAACGGAAACUCGAAACGAUUUUCUAGCCUGGAAAAGGGCAAACAUCGAGUUUAAUAGAGUCAACUGA